UGGAACUUGCUACAAGAAGACCUCAGGUUUACAACUAGAGCAAAGUCCAGCGGGGCCAGUAGCCAUAACAUGCGAGUGUUCAACCCCGAGGCCGUUGGGGAUGGAGGACGGAACCAUCCGCAACAAGCAAAUCUCAGCUUCUUCAAGUAGACGUCGUGGCCUAGCCUCGGCCGGCCGCCUCAACGCCGCCAGCAAAUGGUCACCAAAUGUCAAUGCCAAUUCCUGGAUUGAAGUGGACCUCACUGAGAGCACAGUAGUAUCCGGGGUCAUCACACAAGGAGGCCCGAGAGGGUGGGGGUAUGUGACAAGGUAUAAGGUGUCGUACCAGACAAAAUCCUCACCUGACCGCCUUCACGUGACAGAUGAAAGGGGGAACAUCAAGGUGUUCAUCGGUAACAAUGACGGCAACACACCGGUAACUAACGUAUUUAAAGAACGAGUAGAAGCAGUGACAGUGCGCAUUCAGCCUACUAAAUGGCGUAACGGAGUUUGUCUUCGAAUUGAGUUGGUUGGCUGUCGCCGAGGAUAAUGCCGUGGAAAUACCCUUCAGGCACAGCAUUCAAUACGCUUUGUUACUGGGAAACAUACGUCUUCUCUUUACUAUAAAACAGUAAACUGGCGAAAGCGCAGCACCAGAAUUGACGCUCGUUCCCAGCCUUUUAUUUUUUUGGCGGAUCACCAUUAAUGUGCUCUAAAGUCUUAUGCUGUAGGCCUAUACAAGAUUUCAAAUUCUAUUUUGAACGCAAAAUGUA